AUGUCUGGACACGACGCUAAUGACUACUGGCUCCAAAACGAUGGUGGUGUCAAGUUUGCUGAAAUCUAUGGCGACAUUCCUGCUUAUGUGAUUCUAUCACAUAUCUGGGGAGCCGCUGUCGACGAGAUCGUAGACCAAGAUAUGAAAAUUCGGUUUUGCAUUGAGAAAGUUGCGAAUGAUGGCUUGAGAUAUUUCUGGAUCGAUACCUGCUGUAUUGACAAGUCUAGCAGUGCUGAGCUAUCGGAAGCGAUCAAUUCCAUGUUUCGAUGGUACCAGAAUGCAGCGAAAUAUUAUGCACAUGACCCGGAAAUUGACCAUAUGCGCACGCUCAUUCUUGAACAAAGGAUUUACAAAGGCUGGACACUCCAGAAAUUACUUGCUCCUGCGAUUGUUGAACCUUCUCUGACGCAGAUCACCCAUGGAGCUCUCGAAGGACACCCGCUGUCGAGCUUCAGUGUUGACGAACGAAUGUCGUGGACAAUGAAGCGCAAGACCGACGAAGAUGCUGCUUACUGCCUAUUUGGUCUCUUCGAUCUACAUAUGUCGCUGUUGUACGGAGAAGGUAGGGAAAGAGCCUUCAUUCGCCUGCUCUGCGAGAUACAAAAUGACCAAGAGGCCGACAUGCCGCCCGGACUAGAACAAGCGCUGGUAGGUCCUUGA